AGAGAGAGAGUUCAAUAGUACCCUUUUACGUUUCUGUACCUUUUCGUAAAAAAAUGUCUGAGCUGCAACCACCGGUGGAGGGUCAAAUGAAUGGAGGUGGAGGUGGAGGUGGAGGUGGAGCUCUGGUCGGAGUUCCGGCAGACGCUGUCGUGGGUCCACCAAAACGACAGCGUAGGCCAAGCGUUCGAUUAGGUGACAUCGGAGAUCAACACACGUUUGAUAAUCAACGGAGAACCAAACAACAACAAUGGAAGUUUCCGUCGAAAGAUUCGAAAUCCUCGAAAACGCGACCUCUUGUAAACCUAACAGGCGGCGGCGGUGGUGCAAUUACCGGUGAAUACCAAGGAACCCUAGAUGUUGGUGAAGAUAAAGAUGGCGGAAACGACAACAAUCAUCAUCAUAAUAUGAAUAAUGGUAAUAGUAAUAACAAUAAUAACGCUUUGGAUAGUGUUGCAAUUGGGAGUUGGAAAGCUAGGGAUUCUGCAAAAUCAAAAAGGGGUUUUUUAGGAACAAAACGUGUUAGAUCGAAUUGGGGAUCGAAGAUGGAUGAAGGAGAUGAGAAAUUCGAUGAUGAGGAUGAUUAUGAUGAUGAUGGAUACAGGGAUUUCGAUCGUGAGGGUUCUGGUAGUCAAUUAAAGGAGCAAAGUUUGAAUUUCUCGAUGGAUAACGAAAGAGAUUUGCAUUAUGUUGGUGGGAGUAGAGGGAGAGAUGGUGUUAGGGUUAGGGUUUCAGAUGGGGUUGAAUUAGAUGGACCUUCUGAUACUGAUGCAAGAAAUUGGAACAACAAUCACCCAGAAAGAAAUGGUGUUAGGGUCUGGUUGAAUCAAUUGGGUCUAGGGAGAUAUGCUCCAGUUUUUGAGAUACAUGAAGUUGAUGAUGAAGUUCUGCCAUUGUUGACAUUAGAGGAUCUUAAAGAUAUGGGGAUAAAUGCAGUAGGUUCAAGAAGAAAAAUGUUCUGUUCAAUUCAGAAACUUGGAAAAGGGUUUUCAUGAUGAAUGUUGAUGGGGUGAAAAUUUGAGUUUGAAGGAAGAGAAUUCACAAAAAAGCACUUGCCAAUUGCAAAGACAGAAGGCCUAAAACUGGUUUGAGCCUUUUUUUCUUGUACUUGAUUAGUAGUACUUGUUUGUGAUCAAAUGGUUUUUUGUUUUACUCUUAAUUUACCUCACUUUUUGACUUCUAAUUAUGCAGUUUUUAUGGUAUAUAGAUUAGUGGUCAGAUUGGCUAUAACUUUUUCUAAUGUUUGUUUAGAGAAGAAUGGCAAUAACUGUUGAAGUUUAGAGAGCGAAUGGUUCAGAAAAGAGUUAUUUUCUAGAUUUUGUAGUUCAAGAUGUGUCAAAUGAUGCAGUUUUCGUUGUAGAUUAGUAGUCACAUAUCAAUAACUUUCUCAUGUUCUUUAAAGAAGAAUACCAAUAAUUGUUGCAAUUUAGCGAAUCAAUGGUUAAUAAGAAGUGAUCGAAGCGAUUUUUUACGUCAA